GACGAUGCGCCGUCUUCUGCCAUUUUUGCAAUUUUUUUAUUUAUUCGAAAACCUCUCUACUCAGUCGUUUCGUUUUCUUCUUCUUCUUCUUCACUGAUGCGUUAGAAUUAGUAAACGGCGGACGGAUUCAACGUUUCUCAUUCAUAUAAAUCCCCAAAUCGAGAUCGUCUAGGGUUCGAAUUUCUGCGGAUCUCGUCUGCGCCGGUGGCCGGAGAAGUGAUCGGCGGUCAGGAUGGGGGAUUUGGUGAAGCAGAUCUUGGCGGUGCCGAUUCAGUUAACGGAUCAGGUUAUCAAGGCGGCGGACGAAGCCGCCACGUUCAAGCCGGAAUGUUUGGACCUCAAAUUGAAGACGGAUAAGCUCGCGGCGCUGCUCCGCCAGGCGGCGCGUGCGAGCAACGACCUCUACGAGCGGCCGGCCCGCCGGAUAAUCGACGACACGGAGCAGGUCCUCGAGAAAGCUCUGGCGCUUGCCCUAAAGUGCCGCGGCCAUGGAAUCAUGAAGCGCGUCUUCACCAUCAUCCCCGCCGCCGCCUUCCGGAAAAUGUUCUCGCAGCUCGAGAACUCCAUCGGCGACGUCUCCUGGCUCCUCCGCGUCUCCGCCUCCGCCGAAGACCGCGACGACGGCUACCUCGGUCUUCCCCCAAUCGCCGCCAACGAGCCGAUCCUCUGCUUAAUUUGGGAGCAGAUCGCCAUUCUCUACACCGGCUCCGUCGACGACCGCCCCGACGCCGCCGCCUCUCUCGUCUCCCUCGCCCGCGACAACGACCGGUACGGAAAACUGAUAAUCGAAGAAGGCGGCGUCGGUCCAUUGCUGAAAUUGCUGAAGGAAGGUAAAUUAGAAGGUCAGGAACACGCCGCCACAGCCAUCGGAUUGCUCGGCAGAGAUCCGGAAAGCGUCGACCACAUGAUCCACGCCGGCGUCUGCUCCGUCUUCGCCAAAAUCCUCAAAGAAGCUCCGAUGAAGGUCCAGGCCGUCGUCGCCUGGGCGGUGUCGGAGCUCGCCUGCCAUCAACCGCACUGCCAGGACACCUUCGCGCAGCACAACAUCAUCCGUCUCCUCGUCAGCCAUUUAGCCUUCGAAACAGUUCAGGAGCACAGCAAAUACGCCGUCGUCAGCAAGGCCACCACAAUGCACGCCGCCGUCGUCCUCGCCAGCACCACCAACACCGCCGAAAACUCGAUUCCGGCCAACGAUUUGGACGACGAGAGAACGCACGUGGUUCCGCAUCCUCUGGAGAACAACCAUCCAAACAAACUGCACAACGUCGUCACCAGCACGAUGGCGAUGAAGGGCACCCCUGCCGUUAAAAACCUCGCCAAGACAAACGCUGCCGGGAAGGCGAAUCCGGCGAAUCAUCAGCAGAGUAUUUCGUUGUCCUCGAACAAUCGAGCGAGAGAGCAGGAGGAUCCGGAGACUAAAGCGUAUAUAAAAGCAAUGUCGGCUCGCGCCCUUUGGCACCUCGCGAAAGGGAAUUCUCCGAUUUGCCGGAGCAUCACGGAGUCGAGGGCGCUGCUAUGCUUCGCGGUGCUUCUCGAGAAAGGCGAAGCGGAAGUUCAAUACAAUUCAGCCAUGGCAUUGAUGGAAAUCACAGCAGUCGCAGAGGGAGACGCCGAGCUGCGACGAUCGGCGUUCAAACCAAAUUCCCCGGCGUGCAAAGCCGUGGUGGAUCAGCUGUUCCGGAUUGUGGAGAAGGCGGAUUCGGGUUCGGACCUACUCAUCCCAUGUGUAAAGGCGAUCGGUAAUCUUGCGAGGACUUUCAAGGCUACGGAGACAAGGAUGAUAAGCCCUUUGGUGAAGCUGCUGGACGAAAGGGAACCCGAGAUUACUAGGGAAGCCUGCGUAUCCCUGACGAAGUUCGCGUACACAGAGAACUAUCUCCACGUGGAUCAUUCGAAGGCGAUUGUGGGAGUCGGAGGGGCGAAGCAUCUUGUGCAGCUGGCGUACUUCGGAGAGCAGACAGUGCAGGUUCCGGCGCUGAUUCUGCUGUGUUACAUUGCGAUGCAUAUUCCAGACAGCGAGGAAUUGGCUCAGGCGCAGGUGCUGACGGUGCUGGAAUGGGCGACGAAACAGGCGGCGUUGAUGCAGAUCGGGGAACUGGAUAAUCUGCUGCCGGAUGCUAAGGCGAAAUUGGAGCUGUACCAAUCGAGAGGAUCGAGAGGAUUUCGUUGAGCUGAGGUGCAGGUGCAUGAAUGAGCGGGUGAUAAAGUAUAAACCAAUUUGAGUUUGCUCAACAAUGUGAAGAACCGUGCUGGGAAGAGGGACUUAGUGAAGAUAUCCGCAGUCUGAUCAUCGGAAGAGACAGAAGAUAGAUGAACAGUGC